AUGUUGUCUCCGGUGCCAAAUCCCGCCGAUUAUGGAAUCACUGCCGAUUAUGGUUUCCUUUCCGCAGAACUUCCUUUAGAGGUGCUCCCCGAUCCUUACUACGCCGAAUGGGAGAUGAUAAUUGGCAAUCUCCACCCAUUGAUAUUGAGCAAACGGCUGCAUUCGGUCGUGGACACUCUGCCUAUACUUUCGGCCACGCACCUGCAGACGGAGGCUGAGUGGCGUCGUGCAUAUGUCAUACUGGCGUUCAUUCUGCACGGCUAUGUCUGGGGUGGCGAUUCACCCACAGAGAGGAUUCCACCUCAACUUACAGUACCCUUAUUUGAAGUCUGUGAACGACUCGAAUUACCCCCCGUUGCAACAUAUGCUGGAGUCUGCCUUUGGAACUACAAGCCGAUCUUCUCCGAUGAGCCAGCCACCAGCCUGGAUAACCUAGCAUGUCUACAAACCUUCACCGGAUCUCUAGAUGAGCAAUGGUUCUACCUAGUGUCAGUCGCCAUAGAAGCACGUGGGGGCCCUUCUAUUCCCCUGAUGAUUCGGGCCAUCACGGCGGCCCGCACAGGAAACAGCCAGACUGUCACCGAGUGCCUGCAGAGACUAGCGGAAAUCAUCGAUGAGACCAACACACUGCUACAGAGGAUGUAUGAGAACUGCGAUCCAUACGUCUUCUACAACCGCAUUCGUCCUUAUCUAGCUGGAAGUAAAAAUAUGUGUGAUGCCGGAUUGCCAAAUGGGCUGUUGUACGACGACGGCCACAAUCCCGAGUACCGGCAAUACGGAGGGGGCAGCAACGCCCAAAGCUCACUCAUCCAAUUCUUCGACAUUGUCCUCGGAGUGGAACACCGACCCACCGGUACAAGUCGCAGCGACAGUGAACAAAGCCCCGAAGCCAGCACCAAAUCCCGAAACAGCUUCAUCCACGACAUGCGCACCUACAUGCCUGGCCCCCACCGGCGCUUCCUUGAGCAUAUCGACUCGGUAGCGAACAUCCGCUCCUUUGUCGAGGCGCGACGCGGAGACUCGGCGCUGUGCAUUGCCUACGAUGCCUGUCUAGCCAUGCUGCGCGUGCUACGUGAUAAACAUAUUACCAUGGUGUCACGCUAUAUUAUCUUACAGUCCCGCAGCUCACGUCAGCCUGCCAACUCCAACUCCCCAGCAGCGACGAAUCUUGCAAGCGCCGCUCCGACCGACAAGAGGAAGCUGCGGGGUACUGGUGGCACGGCGCUCAUCCCGUUCCUCAAACAGGCUCGAGACGAGACUGGAGAGCCUGCCAUUGAUGCCUGGGCACGACGGUUGCUGAGCAAUGGCCCUGCAGAUAAAAAGUUCGCUGCGCUGAGCAAGGUUGGCGAGCAUGCGGAUGGUCAUCUGGAGGUUGUCGGUCUCUGUGGCACAUGGACAGCUGAGGAAAACGAGGGUGGAAUUUGUCACUGGUAG